AUGGUCUCUUCUAGGUUUCUUAGAUUGAUUAUGUUACUAUGCCUCGUCUCUUCUUCCUUCUCCUCAACCACCGCUUCUCCGUCCAAUUCUAGUGUCUCCGAUCAAACUCUCCGGCCGCAAGAAGAGCUCCAGAAGCUGAAACUGAUUAGAAAAGAGCUUCAAAAGAUCAACAAGCCCGCCGUUAAAACCAUUCAGGCAAUUUCUCUAUUUCUUCAAAGUCCAGAUGGAGAUACAAUGGAUUGUGUUUUGUCUCAUCAGCAACCUGCUUUCGAUAAUCCUCUCCUACAAGGACAGAGACCAAUGGAUCCGCCUGAAAUCCCCAAAGGAUACACCGAAGAUGAUGAAUCGUAUGAAGAUUCUCAACUGUGGAGUUUAUCAGGCGAGUCUUGUCCGGAAGGUACGAUUCCGAUUAGAAGAACAAGUGAACAAGAUAUGCUAAGAGCAAGUUCUGUCCAGAGAUUUGGUCGGAAAAUUAGGCGCGUGAGGAGAGAUUCCACAAGUAACGGACACGAACAUGCGGUUGGAUAUGUAACCGGGAGACAAUACUAUGGAGCAAAAGCGAGUAUAAACGUGUGGUCGCCGCGUGUCACUAGCCAAUACGAAUUCAGUCUUUCCCAAAUUUGGGUUAUUGCCGGUUCGUUCACACAUGAUCUUAAUACCAUUGAAGCCGGUUGGCAAAUUAGCCCGGAGCUAUACGGAGACACUUACCCAAGAUUCUUCACAUAUUGGACGUCCGAUGCAUACCGAUCAACGGGUUGCUACAAUUUGUUGUGUUCCGGUUUCGUUCAAACCAACAGACGAAUCGCAAUCGGAGCUGCGAUAUCUCCUAGAUCUUCGUAUAGAGGUGGACAAUUCGAUAUAAGCUUAUUGAUAUGGAAGGAUCCGAAACACGGUCACUGGUGGCUACAAUUCGGGUCGGGCACGUUAGUCGGGUAUUGGCCGGCGUUUCUGUUCACGCAUUUAAGGCAACAUGGAAGCAUGGUCCAAUUCGGCGGCGAGAUUGUGAACACCCGACCCGGUGGUUCACACACUUCGACCCAAAUGGGCAGUGGCCAUUUCUCCGGAGAAGGUUUUGGUAAAGCAGCUUAUUUUCGGAAUCUCCAAGUGGUCGAUUGGGACAAUACUCUAAUUCCCGUUUCGAAUAUAAAGAUUCUCGCUGAUCAUCCCAAUUGUUAUGAUAUAAGAGGUGGUACGAAUCGUGUGUGGGGUAAUUAUUUUUAUUAUGGAGGUCCAGGGAAAAACCCUAGAUGUCCAUGA